AGCAGAAGUGGAACUGGAGUUUUAUUGUUUAACUUCCUUUAUCACAGUUGGGUUAGGACCCUUAUGUCUGUACAAAUGAAAGCAUUUGCAUUAAGAAUUUUGUUUUGAAGCAAUGUGUUGCUUUCGACAAAACCCUGUCUUCAUAUCCUCUGUUGCACCAAGCACCUAAACGUUAUGGCCUCAGGAUGGCGCAAUUUCCCAGUCUCACUUUUCUGACGCACUUGUGGUUUUUCUCUUUUUAUUUUUUUUUGUUUGAUUCUUACUCUCUAUGUCAAAAGGUGAAAGGGCCUUUCACGUUAGUUUACGUACAUGUAGACUUCAAGCUGCACAAAAACACCAGGACACCACCUUUGUCUUCUGUGUGCACAAGUGGAACAAAAGUGUAGUUGCCUGUAGAGGCCAGCUGUUUGAUCCGUGUGCUGCUGGGACUACAAGAGAUCCCUAAAGCAGCUGUAGGAGUGUUUUGUUUUUUUGUUUUUUUUAGUCUAAACAGCUGGACUUCAUGUCAUAUUUAAAGUAAGACAAAUUUAGGGUAUCAAACCUCAUUGUAGGGUGAACUUAGAUCCUGAGCACCUGCAUAAAGAUAAAUUUAAAUAUGCCCGUCCCCGAAUCAUCGUCUUUCCACUGAAUGUCUUUAUUUUAAUUUCAGCAAAGUGGGAAAUGCACAAAAUCCCCUUUGAAUAAGCAGCUCUUAAAUACAUUAGCACUGCACAUCCAACUUGUCUUUACUAAAAUUGCAAAUUUCAUUUGCAAGAGUUUCUCCCCCCCGUGGAGAAAAAUCUGUUGAGUUUAAAUAACGUUUAUUCAAAUUUUUAAACUUCUGUUUUUGUGUGACCUUGAAAAAAAAAAAGUUUCCAAACACACAGCACUUCUUCAUAAUGAUUCUGUUUUUGCAUCCAGUUCUAAAGGAAGAUAUCUGUCAGCACGACUGUUUGGCCUGUAAGAAGUAAAUGGGUAAAAUUUAUCAUUUAAUUACUUUAGUAUAAAUGGCCGCUGGGGAGGAUUUUAUGUGUGGGGAAAAGCUGUGAUUGGAUAGGAAUCUUCACCAGGAUGAUUUUUGGCCCCUGGGCCUUAUGUUUGACACCCCUGCAAUACACCAUGCAAGUUAGAUUGGCGUGCCAAGUACACUUUGAUGUUAAUGGGUAACGUUCCUUCCCCCCCAUUAAAGUCUUCACAACACAAUAAGAUCCUGCAAAUACAAUCCCGUCUCACAGAUGAUAAAAGUGAGAAUCUGUCUGUCGUCUUUGAUAUCAGGCAGGUUUUUUUCAGUGUGGCUCAGUGUUCGGGUUAGUGAGUCUAGAUUUCUGCUGCACAUUCCCACUGUAUCUUAGAGCAUCUAAGUUGACCUGGUCCAGAAUUGCAAAGUAAAUCCAAUCAAACAACCCAUCAGUUUUAACAUCCCUAAUCCAAAAGAUUAUUUUUACAGCUCCUGAUACACUAAUCCUGUUCUCAAUCAGAGGUCGAGGCUCAUUUCAAAUAUUUAAAGCACUGUUUCAGAAUUCAUUUCUGUGUUGCUCAUGUGUUGUAAUCACUUGUUCAUUUUACUGUAACUCUAUAUUUCUACUUUUAUUUACCAAGAUGUGUUUUUUUCUUAGUCUUUUUUUGCAAUCAUGUCACUGCUGAGCACCUUUCAAAGAACUAUUUUUUAAAGUUAUUUUAUUAUUUUUUUCAAAGAACCAUAUGUUCAAAACAUGUUUAUGAUAAAAGCCGAGAGCUUGUGACACUGGAAGUUGACACACACAUGAGAAGUGUGGCAGGAAAUGUGAUCUUAGACACUCGUGUUGACAAAGAAUGUGAUGAGCUGGGAACUUCCUCAGUGUUUCAUCAGAAGUCUAGUAGCGUCGUGUGAUUUGUCAUAUUUUAGAUUUGUACCGACAGAAGCCGACAUGAGGAUUUCAACCUGUUACAUCAAUAAAUUUUGAACAUAUCGACUAAUUUAAAAAAAUUUUGAACACAUACAAAAUCAUUUGUAUAGGAUUCUAAACUGAGUCGGAAAAGGUGGAGCAAUGUUGUGGUGUGUUUUGCUUCAUUUUGUAUUUUACCCCUCGGCCUGAAAGGCUAUUGUCAAGUUUACUGGAAAUCUUUUGAGCACAACAGCUCUAGAAGCAGGCCACGUAGGAUUUUCUUAAGCCACACCAUUGGUUUAUUUACAAAGAAGGAUCUCUUAUCAGCCUCACAUGCUGACAGCUUCACUGCAUCUACUGACAAUCUCUUUUGGGAAUCUGGCAACCCUGAUACAACUCAUGUAUAACCUGUAGCUAUACCAGCAUCACUGUGCACUCAGGUGCACGACAUUCAAGGCUUUUCCCCAAUCUGCAAUCACUGAAUUAUCAUCAUGACGGUAACCCUUCUGCUGUCAGAUUGCUGUAACUGUUCAUAUUUUCAGGCCAGGGCACAGGUUGAUGGUUGCGGUAAAAGAUGAUCUGGCAACUCCUAAAGAUCCUACUGUUGACAGGCUGAACGGUACCCCAGGCUUUUUUUCCUUAUUUUCCCAUUUUUUCUGUAUAUGGCUUACACGAUCGCGAUGCAUGGAACAAAACAAAACAAACAGUGUUUUUUUAUUUCACAGAUUUCACAGACCACAUCAACAAGUGGUUUCUGUUUCAAUUUUGCCUCCAGUGUGACAGUAAUCCCAUGACACAGUGAUUCACAUCAUGGGCCUGGGUUUGUUUUGGGGGAAGCACUGUGGUUUAGCAACAACAACAAAAAAAGACUAUUAAAAAUACUCUGUAAUGAUGUAUUAAAAAGAAAAAACAACAACACAUGAAGCUGUAAAAAGAAAUAAAUGACAGUGACGUUGUGCUAUAUGCUUGCAGCUAUGUGUAAAUGUAAAUGGGACUGGAAACAGACUUCCUUCAUGUUUGGAUUCUUGAGCAAAUCAAAGUCUGUGUGUGUGACGCAAACAGGAAAAUGGACCUUGUGGGAGGGGUCUAGAGGGAUACAUCAUUUAGGAGACAAAUGCCUUUGUGUGACACAUUCAGUGCGUCCCGCUGAGAAGACAUCACAAUGACUGAACCAAACGCAUCAUUGUCCUGGGAGGAUUUUGGUGCCAUUUACGAUGCUCUGAACUUUAGCUAUAAUUACACAGACUUUUUACUUGACCCCGCCACCCAGCCCUGUAACUUUCACACCAUCUCAGAUACUGUGAUGAUCGUUGUCAGUGUCUUUUAUGUCCUCAUCUUUGUGAUGGCACUUCCCGGUAACGUGGUGGUGGGGCUGGUGAUCAGCUUAAGCAAGCAACCUUUGACCCCUUCUGACCUCUACCUCCUCCACCUGGCGAUCGCAGACCUCUUGCUCGCCAUCACCCUCCCGUUCUGGGCCACCUCGGUUACUCGGGGCUGGGUAUUUGGAGAAGCCAUGUGCAAAAUAGUCACUGUCCUCCAAGAGGUGAGCUUCUACUCAACCAUUCUCUUCUUGACUUGCAUCAGUGUGGACCGGUACACUGUGAUUGUGCGCGCCAUGGAGGUUCGUAGGACUAAUCGACAGCUGGUCAGCUGGGGAGUUUGUGCCGCCGUCUGGAUUGUCGGAGCGCUUCUGUCCCUCCCGGGCUUGUUCAGCUCCACUUUCACCUCUUACAACUCUAGUCACGUACUGUGCACUGAAAAAUACGAUCCCAGCACUGCUGAUGAGUGGCGACUGGCCACCAGAAUUCUCCGCCACACUUUGGGUUUUUUCAUCCCCCUGGCCAUCAUGCUGCCCUGCUACGGAAUCACCAUCCAUCGCCUCCUUCACAUCCGUGGGGGGUUUCAACGCCAGCGAGCCAUGAAAGUUAUCAUAUUCGUGGUCCUCGCUUUCCUGCUUUGUUGGACGCCGUACCACCUAGUAGUGAUAGUGGACACAUUUUUCAGGGCAAAGAUAGUAGAGUAUCAGUGCCCAGCGAGGACAGCAGUGGACCAGGCCAUGUUUGUCACCCAGAGUCUGGCCCUGCUUCACAGCUGUUUAAACCCAGUGCUGUACGCUUUCCUGGGAGAGAAAUUCAGAAGGAGGCUACGGCAGUUAAUGGCAAAGAUAAGAAUCAUUGAAAGAUCGUCAACAUCAAGAAGCAGCAGAUUUUCGCUGUCAUCGGAGCUCACGCCUACAAUCAUGUGAGAACAUCAGAGACACUUGAAACUACUCAGAUCAGCUGAUCAGGGAGAUUUAAUGUGGGGAUUAAAGUGUGGAAAACUGCUAGUUUUGAUAAUCCUCAUAUUUGUACUGCAGCUAAUAUUUGUCAAAGAAAGACUUCAAAAUAUUUUUAAAUAAUUUGUGUAAUAAUAUUAUUAGUGUACAUACUUUUUAAGACUUUAGAUUCUAUUUUAUUAUUAUUUAACUUUGAUUUGCUGCACACACUUUUUUGUUAAAUUCGCCCCGUCAUCUUCAAUGACGAUUCUGAAGAAAGAGAAAAUAAAAAAUGUCGCGUUUCAACACGACAUCGCAGCAUUACAACAUUAACACUGAGCCCUUGCCAGUGAACUCUGAGUUGCAACAAUUCGGCGGUAGAUUGUGAAACAUCAGUUCAUCAAUUACAUAACAUUGAGUUAUUUUUAUAGAAAUGCAUUCACAUUUUUGUAUCUGUAUAUGGUUGCCAUCAACGUCUGUAUAUAUGAGAAAUGAAUAAAA